AUGAGUCACCCUAAGCUUGUUUGCUUCCGCUCGAGUUCAUUUCUUUUCCCACUCAUAGCACGACACCGCAUACACCUGCGCCACCGCACGCGCACCACCCACCACCUUCCACCACCUUCCGCUGUUGCGGCAGUCAACUCGCCGCGCGAAGCACAGCCGGCUGUCAGCCAGUAUGGCGCCCGGCAUGCGCGUAAAGCAUGCCAACACUUCAUCAAAGGGAAAUGCUAUAGAGGCCAGGCCUGUACCUUUUCUCACGAUCGCGAAGAUAUUGACCAUCUCAAAAUCGCGAACGGCGCGACAGGCGUAGGAGACAACACACCAGACACCUCAGAAGCACGAUUGAGGGACUUUCGCUGGCAAAUUCCUAGACAGACCACUGCUUUCCGCUCGCUAGGUCCUGCACUCGGCAAAUUCUUUCAGCAGGCGCUUGAGCUUGCCUCUGGCGAAGUGGGAGCCAUGCAAGAGAUGGUCACACUUCUCACCAGCCCCGGCGGAAUGUUACGCAUCGAUGAGCUCCUCCAGCAGCCUUUCGACUCUUUCACCCCGGGUCAGCUCACGCGUGUCCUGAAAGCCCAGCUCAUGCCUUUCUUCAAGAUCUUCACUCAUCCCAAUGUCACCUCCUCUGUUCUACUGAGGGCCAAGGUCACCACUGUCUACAACAUCAUCUACACGGGCGAUGGCAGUGACCAUCGCGUCAUUGUGCUCUUCGCCACGCUUGCGGCGCAUUUGUCCAACUCUGGUAGUUUGGACGCCAGCUCUAGCGAAAGAGAAGUUGAUGAGGGCAUGUUUGAAGCCUUCGAACUCACUCUUGCGGUCCUCUCAAAGCUAGUCGAGGUCAACACGCUCGCUCAUGCCAAUCCCGGUUUGGUUCCCAUCGUAGAGACCUUUGCUGCGAUUUUGGACGGUCUUCCAGAAAACACUACCUUCGCUAUGCACAAAGUAAGAAAGGAUCUCGACAGGUUACAGCAGCGACUCGGUAUCGGUCAAGCACUGCCGGAUCGCCAAGACACUCAACGGCCUACUGGCGCCCGUGCGACUUUCCAGCUUGCACGGGAGCUGCCUGGUGAGCUUUCAGAAGAAGGUCGCAGACAUGACAAUGACUAUGUGAAUAUUGACCAAAUCUCCAUUCUGCCCACCUUGGAAGAAAUCCAGAACGCCCGUAACGAAUAUCUUCCUAUUGCAGAUCCGCGGGAAUGGCACUUUGGUGGCAUCCUGGGUCUGGUGGAUCGUCACUUCCGCCUGUUGCGGGAAGACACCGUCGGCCAGCUUCGAGAUGCUGCGAAGCUCGAACUCGAGAGGCUCCAGCAUCCUGAACGUCAGUUCGGCUCCAGUGAACCCAGGCGUCCGGGUGCACGUACCUAUGUGUACGAGAACGUGUACAUCGUUUCCAUCGCCUUUGAAGAGCAGCACGGCAUUCAGAUUGCAAUGCGCUUUGCACGCCCCGAAGCCAACAACCAACAGUCCAAAGACGCCCGAAAAGAGUGGUGGGAAUCCUCCAAGAGACUGGGCCCAGAAGCCCUCAUCUGUCUUCUCAGCUCAGAGGGCUCCGCGACCUUUUUUGUCGUUGCUCCACAAGGGCCGAAGCCCACCAAGCUACAGAAAGAAUUCGAUCUGGCAUCCGACUUCGAACAUGCCUAUAUCGUGGUCAGACCCGUUAAGCAGUCCGAUACGCAUAGCGUCUUGUCGGAAGCCCUCGGGAAUACAGCAUUUGCUCAGCUGUCAAUCGUCGAAUUUCCCGGGGUGCUUUUGCCUUCUUUUGAGCCCACUUUGCAAGCCAUGCAACGCAUCAGUAAGAGCCUGGAUAUGCCGUUCUCGUACAUCCUGGCUCCAACCUCGACGCCACAGAAUCCAGAUCGGGAGGUGGAAGUGCAGCCUCCUACAUAUGCUACUCAGCCCGGCUUCAAGUAUGAUCUCUCGAGUAUUACUUCUGACAACCAGGCGUUGUACUUCUCGCUUGAUGACAACAUCGUGGUUACGGCGGCCCAGCUGGCUCAAAAGUCCACUCUCGACCCAGGUCAGGCCCUCGCAGUGAUCUCCGCUCUUGCACGCUCUUUGGCUGCUAUUCAGGGGCCGCCAGGGACAGGGAAAUCUUACUGUGGAACGCAGUUAAUUCGAAUCUUGCUGGCCAACAAGGAAAAGACUUGCAUCGGUCCGAUCCUCAUCUGCACGCAGACCAAUCAUGCACUGGAUGCCAUUCUCGAGCGCUUGGUCGAUGACGGAGUAUCGGAGAUUGUGCGCAUCGGUGGCCGCUCCAAGUCGGAGAGACUACAAGACGUGAAUCUCAAGGUACUCUCCCAGCGUCUCGUUCAGACUAAGACAGAAAAGUCUCAAUAUCGGGAGCUGAGCCAAAAGGUGAAGGAGGAGUCAGCAGAGAUCAGCAAGCUGCUCGAGACAUUCCGUUCCGUUGGGAGCCAAGAGGCUGUGGAACUCCACCUUCUCCACAACCACCAGACUCACUAUCAGCGAUUGUUUGGCAACAUCGAUGAAGAUGGCUUCUCUCUAGUGAGGCACCAACGAAGUGAAAUCCUCGAUGUCUGGCUCAAGGCUGGUCUCCAUAGUCCGUGGCGCCCACGUUCGAUCACAGAGCUGCGCGAUGUCCAUCUCAACCUGAUGAGUGUUGCCGAACGCAGGACGAUGUUCAAUUCAUGGGUCGUCGAGAUGAAAGAUGAACUCCAUGAGAAGCUUCGUCAUGCCUUUUCGGCGUGUGACGAGUCCAAAGAGAAGCUCAAUUUAAUCAGGACAGAGCUGAAGCUUCGUGUCCUGCGUCAAGCAAAUAUCAUCGGCAUUACGACUAGUGGUCUAGCUCGUAAUCUCGAGCUACUCCAAGGAGUCGACCCGAAAGUGUUAGUUUGUGAGGAGGCUGGCGAAGUCCUUGAAGCUCACAUGCUGACCGCCAUAUUACCGUCGAUCGAGCAUUGCAUACUCAUCGGCGACCACCAGCAACUUCGCCCACAAGUACAAAAUUUCGACUUGUCAAUAGAGAGCCACAAUGGUGGCCAGUAUGCACUCGACGUCUCGCUUUUUGAGCGACUAGUCCAACCGCAAGAUCUGCUGGCCCAACCACUACCAUUUUGCACUUUGGAGGUGCAGCGACGCAUGCACCCGUCAGUCUCGCAACUCGUCCGCCAGACACAAUACCCAAACUUGCAAGACGAUCCAUCGGUCUCCUCAUAUCCUGGGGUUGUCGGUAUGCGCCAUCGAUUAUUUUGGAUGCGCCACGAGCAGCUUGAGGACAACACCUCCAAUGGGCAGUCAACUUCGCGGACCAACGCGUAUGAAGUAGAAAUGAUUGCGGCUCUCGUCAAACAUCUGGCCCAGCAAGGUACUUACCAUACAGAUGAUAUCGCCGUCAUCACGCCCUACCUCGGCCAAUUAAGGAAAUUCAGAAUGAAGUUCGGCACAACAUACACCCUCAUGCUGAAUGACAAAGACAUUGAUGAGCUUGAGAAAGAAGGUGCGGAUUCUGAAGAGGCCUCCCUUGCACCAUCAGCUCUGGCUCCAAACACUGCAGCCAAAGGAUCUCUGAAUCAAGCCCUUCGCCUCGCCACGAUCGACAACUUUCAAGGUGAAGAGGCCAAGGUCGUCAUCGUAUCACUUGUGCGGAGCAACGCUGAAAACCGUCCCGGCUUCCUGAAGACGCCCAACAGGAUCAACGUACUGCUUUCUCGGGCGCAACAUGGGAUGUACAUCAUCGGCAACGCCGAAACUAUGGAAAGCGUUCCCAUGUGGCACGAUGUCAUUGAAAUUUUUCGCAGCGAGGGCAAUAUAGGCGAAGCUUUGGAACUCUGCUGUCCUAGGCAUCAAGACACACCAAUGCUCGUUCAAAACCCCGCCGAUUUUGCGCGUCUGUCGCCUGAAGCAGGAUGCAAUCUCCUUUGCGAGAAACAGCUGGAUUGUGGGCACGCAUGCGUUGCGAAAUGCCACUCCGACAUGCUCCAUCAAGCCGUCUACUGCAUGAAACCUUGCACGAGGCUCAAGCAGGGAUGUGAGCAUCUUUGCCCAAAGCCCUGCGGUGAUACAUGUGAUCGGUACUGCAACGUUUCCAUUGGGAACAUCGAAAUAACGCUUGCUUGUGGCCAUGAGAAAACCACUUUGCCAUGCUAUCAGUAUCAGGAUCCAUCUGUGAUCACGUGCGAGGAGCUGGUGAAAAAGAAGGUCCCAGGAUGUCAUCACGAGAUCACCGUCGCUUGCUACAUCGACGUCGAUCACAAUGCGUUCCGCUGCUUCGCUACUUGCGGUGAACUCUUGGCUUGUGGACAUCUUUGCCAAAACGCUUGCCACCAGUGCGAGACUCGCAACGACGGCAAAGUCAGCAAGACCGACCAUGGAAAAUGCAAGCAGAAGUGUGAUCGUGGAUACAAUACGUGCAAUCAUCGAUGCUGUUUCCCCUGCCACGAUGGAGAGCCAUGCCCACUCUGCCUCGCGAGGUGUGAAACUCGUUGCUCUCACGCCCAGUGCGGUAAAUUCUGCUCCGAGUUCUGCAGUCCUUGCUUGGAGGAACAAUGCAGCUCUGGGCUGCAAUGCCCUCACACGGAGACUUGCCCCAUGCCAUGCGCUGCUCCAUGCACUUGGAUCCCGUGCUCCAAGCGAUGCGACAAGACUCUGUCUUGCGGCUGCCGAUGCCCCUCAGUUUGCGGAGAAGACUGCCCGGACACGAAGUUCUGCCAGGAACACGGCAGUGACCACGUUAAAGAGAUGCAGGCUGACUUGCUCAUGCUCACUUCGUACAAGGACGUUGACCUUGACGAAGACCCCUGCAUCUUCACGCCGUGCGGACAUGUCUUCACCAUCGACUCCCUCGAUGGGACUAUGGGCAUGUACGAGCACUAUGAAAUCGACCCACUGACCAGAGCUUACAUCGGACUGAAGGAUUCAGCUGAGCCCUUCUCUCUCAACGAAUCGAAGCCCUGCCCAGAAUGCCGCGGCUCAUUGCGCAGUCUCGCCCGCUAUGGCCGUAUCGUUAGGCGAGCUUUGCUUGACGAGAGCGCAAAGAAGCUCACUGCUUGGUCGCAUCAGAAGCAUCAGAAACUGGCUAAUCGCUUGGCCGACAUCGAUGGUGAAUUGAAAGACUCGCUGGAAUUCCCGCGCAAGCCGUGCCAAGUCAUCGAGUUACACGGGUCUGUCACGACGCAGAUCAAGGCGGUCAAGCAGUUGAAGACGACGAAGCGCUAUCGCAAGAUACAUGCGCUUAUUGAAGAGAUCUGCCACUUUGUGAAGAAGCUGAGCAAGGAGGAGCAGCCGUACCAGCGAGUGCACGAUCUGGUCGAGAUAGCGCGUCGUCAAAGCACCUCCGACUUCAUCGCCAAGUUCCAGUUCAGCAGCGAAGAGCUCCAGAUGCGCGAGCACUUGCAGGCUGCAAACUUGCUGAUUCGCAGCUAUCUCAUUCUCUUUGGCGAUGUCAUCAGCGUCCACGACAAGACUCCCGCAGCUACACAAGGAACCCUGCAAUUGGACCUUACAGCGAUCCGGGUAAUGUGCGAGGAGUUAAUCACCAACGCGGACGAGAGCCAGAACGUUCGCCAGAGGGCGGAGGCGCAAGUUCUUUGGGCCAAAUUCGCAGCCAUUGAGUGUGGUGUCCUCGGCAACAAGGACGAGGCGGAGGAACCGGGAUGGCAGCAUCGCAUGGACACACUGAGGCUGAGCGCGACCGAACACUUGGAGGCCGCGAUGAAGACCUGCGACCAGCAGGCCGAGAAGCGCAGGGCUCAGCGAGAUCGUAUGCGACGGGAACGCCCCGACCUGAUCCGGGAAGGGCAGGCGAAUCCGAUGCACGACCUCAUCGAGGAAGCUAACGAGGUCGGUAGAAUGCUGAGGGACGGCAUAUCGAGCACGGAAAUGAGGAUGGUCGUCACAGCGAUGAGCAAGGAGUUCAGCGGUACCGGACACUGGUAUCGCUGCGUCAAUGGCCAUCCCUUCACUGUGGGUGAGUGCGGCAUGCCCAUGCAGCUCGCCCUGUGUCCAGAGUGCGGUGCCAAUGUCGGGGGCCAAAGCCAUCGCCCAACUGAGGGUGUCACGCACGCACAUGAUAUCGAGGAGGAGUUUGGAGGCUUAACGUUGUGAAGCUGAAGGUGAUUGAU